AAAUAUUUUAAGUCCCCAGAAUCAGAGGAUGAAGAUAAUAAUAAUGAUACAACAGACAUUAAAUAUGUUCAAAAAAGAAAGCGUAAACAAGCUUCCAAGCUACCAUCACUGCCUUCCAAUUUUGAACCACUGGUUCAUCAAAGUCCAUUGCAUUAUGCGAGUGUUAGGUUACCACCACAUAUCAAUGUUGUGAAAGGUGCUAGAACUAUUGGUAGAUGCUGGAAAAACUUGACCUGUAAGGAGUUUUUUGUGUGGGUUGCCCUUGUAGUUUAUCAGAGACUUUUUAAGCUUCUGUCUCUCGGCCAGUACUGGAAUAAGGAUCCAAAACUUCCUGUCCACCAUAUAUCAAAACAAAUAUCAUUGAAGCACUUUGAGUUGAUCAAAAGGUUUCUGCACAUUUCUCCCCUUGCCCAUGCAUUAACACUUAAACAUUAUUUUGAAAAAUUAGAACUAUUACUUUCAAGCAUUCAUGAUGCUUCAAAACAAUAUUACAUCCUGAGUUCAACCAUUUCAGUAGACAAAAUAAUGAUCAGAUUUUCAAGAAGAAGUGUUCACACAGUCCAAAUAAAAAGUAAGCCCAUUUCAAAAGGUUUUAAGAUUUUUUCAUUAUGCGAAGCUGGAUACACCUACACUUUUUUACCAUCAUUACGUGUUUUACCAAAUAAUGUGACAAACAUGGAUGGUCUUAAUCAAACUAGAUCUUUGGUUCUUCAUCUUGUUAGGCAACUUCCAUACUUGCAGUUCCCCUAUGAUAUAUAUAUGGAUAAUUACUUUACAUUCAGGUUUCCAAAAAAAUUAAAAAUCGAUAAAGAUAUUAAAUUUGAUUGGGAUAUUCGUUCAGGUAUUGAAGUUGAUAGCGAAAGACGAAGACCAAGAGAAACAAGUACCAAUAUGAUGAAGGUACAUGCAGUUUUUAGAUCUGAUCCAAAAAAAAAUUUGAAAAUACCAAAGGUAAUUGAUGACUACAACCACCAUAUGAAUGAUAUUGCUAAUAUUAAUGCAUAUCUUAUCACAAGAAAUUUAGAAUCUAUGCAAGGGCAUAAACAAUUUCAUAAUAAUCUUGUUUGGGGUCUUAUUGACUUUGCAAAUAAUGGUAGCAAAGUUCAAUUAAGAGAUUAUUCAAAAGAAAAAAAAUUGCAAUCAAAUUCAAAAGAAAAAAAGAAACCAUCAAAGGUCACAAAGCAUUUUAAACUCUCAGAUCAUCGUUUGGCACUGAGAAAUCACCUUGCAGUGUAG